CAUAUUUUCGUUGAAAACCUCUUCUCGUUUUUUUAAUAAAACAAACCAAUUUCACAAAGACGGCGCAAAAUGCCACAACAAAGGUGCCACUGGACUGCAAUUUUUGGCUUCUUGCUUUGCCACAUGUUGGUUUAUAAAAAGUUUUAAACGGAAGUUUACUCAAACCAUUCGCAGCGUGUGUGUGUGAUAACACCGUCCCUUUUAUAUUGAAAUUGUUAAUUAUAUUUAUUAAAGCUGAGAUUUUCUAAUGAUAAGCACAAAAUUAUCUAUUUACAAAAUUUACUUAAAAUACAAUUUUGAAAAAUGUGGCAAACUUAAAAAUAACCUAAAAAAACAGAGCAAAACAUAUGUGAUAAUAGAUCAGCUGAUUGUCAAAUCGGCGAAGAAAUUAAAAAGUAAUCGAAAUUCGUGUUAUUUAACAAAAUUUUAAAGCAAAUAAAAGUUGAUAUUUGAAAAUGUCCGGAAGAUUGAUCCUACGCCAACUUUUUCGACAGAGCAUUAUUGCGCACCGCGUACCUCUGCUUAAACGCUACGAAAACGCGUCUACAGCUUCUGGCAAAACAACCUUCAACAAAGACUCUCUGAAACAGCUUGUAAAUACCAAUAAGGUUGUCAUCUUCAUGAAAGGUAACCCGGAAGCACCCAAAUGCGGCUUCAGCAAUGCGGUGGUGCAAGUACUGCGCAUGCAUGGUGUUCAGUAUGAUGCUCACGAUGUGCUGCAAAGCGAAGAGUUGCGCCAAAGUAUAAAAGAAUUUUCCGAUUGGCCUACUAUCCCCCAGGUCUAUAUUAAUGGAGAAUUCGUUGGCGGUUGCGAUAUUUUAUUGCAAAUGCAUCAAAGUGGCGAUUUGAUAGAAGAGUUGAAGAAAGUUGGAAUAGAAUCACUUUUACUGACGGAAUCAAAAAAUCUAGACAAAAAUGAAACAAAAGGCAGUAGUACAGAAAAUAAGUAAAGAAUAUAAUAUUGUAAUAUAUUAGUCAUAGGGAAAAUUAUAGCAAUGUUUUGUUAGCCUCAAAUAUCCAAUUCUUAAUCCAUAACUUGAUAUUCCUUACCUAAAAAAUAAAAAACUAAAGAAAUUUA